UGUACAACAGUGACAUGAAAAAGGCGUAGGGCUUCACAUAAAACCUGCAUGAAAUCUCACUUUAUCAAUCAUGGAGACCAGUACUAUCAACGAAGAUAAGAUACCAGAAGGAAUGACAAUAAAACUACGUUCUGUAUCCAAAGUAAAGGAACCGUCACCAAACUAUCAAGAAGAAAAGGACUGCUGCCUAGAAUAUUUUGACAAAUGGAUUGAAAAUGAACAACUUGAAUUUGUGCAGGCUCUGAUCCUGCGUAUGUGUCAUUAUCAACAUGGUCAAAUCAACGCUUUUCUCAAACCUAUGUUACAGAGAGACUUCAUCACAGCACUGCCAAAGAAAGGCCUAGAUCAUGUUGCUGAGAAGAUCUUAUCUUAUCUGGACUCAAAGUCAUUGUGUGCUGCCGAGGGAGUGUGUAAGGAAUGGAAACGUGUAAUAUCAGACGGCAUGCUAUGGAAGAAACUCAUCGAACACAAAGUUAGAACGGAUAACCUAUGGAGAGGCUUGGCAGAGAGGAGAGGAUGGGUUCAAUAUUUAUUCAAACCCAAGCCAGGAGACCAGCAACAAGGGGAUUCAUUCUUCAGGAAACUAUAUCCAAGAAUCAUUCAAAAUAUAGAGAAUAUUGAACACAACUGGAGGUGUGGUCACCAUGAACUCUAUCGAAUCCAAUGCCAUAGUGAAACGUCAAAAGGCGUCUACUGCCUCCAGUACGACGACACAAAAAUCGUUAGUGGUCUUAGGGAUAACACAAUCAAGAUCUGGGACCGGCAAUCUCUGCAAUGUAGAACAGUAUUAAUGGGUCACACAGGCUCUGUGCUGUGUCUACAGUAUGACGAUAAAGUCAUUAUCACAGGUUCUAGCGAUUCCACCGUCAGAGUAUGGGAUGUGAAUACAAGUGACAUGCUGAAUACCUUAGUCCACCACAGUGAAGCUGUUCUUCAUUUACGAUUCAACAAUGGCCUCAUGGUCACAUGCUCAAAGGACCGAUCCAUAGCAGUGUGGGACAUGCAAUCAGCAGGUGAUAUCAGCCUAAGAAGAGUUCUUGUUGGACAUCGUGCUGCUGUCAAUGUAGUAGACUUUGAUGAUAAGUACAUUGUAUCUGCUUCUGGAGAUAGGACAAUCAAGGUUUGGAACACGUCAACCUGUGAGUUUGUGAGGACUCUGAAUGGGCAUCGGAGAGGCAUCGCAUGUUUGCAGUACAGAGAUAGAUUAGUUGUUAGUGGUUCAUCAGACAAUACAAUCAGAUUAUGGGACAUAGAGUGUGGUGCAUGUUUGAGAGUUCUUGAAGGCCAUGAGGAGCUGGUACGCUGCAUCAGGUUUGAUAACAAGAGGAUUGUCAGUGGAGCUUAUGAUGGCAAAAUCAAAGUAUGGGACUUACAAGCCGCAUUGGAUCCACGUUCACCAGCAGGCACUCUCUGCCUUAGGACACUAGUUGAGCAUACAGGAAGGGUGUUCAGACUUCAAUUUGAUGAAUUCCAAAUCGUCAGCAGUUCGCACGACGACACCAUCCUCAUAUGGGACUUUCUUAACGUGACUCCCCCUGAACAACCCUCCAAGUCGCCGACACGCACCUACACCUAUGUCUCCAACAGCUGCCGGUAAGGCAGUCGGGAUUGUUUCGUGGACCGAAAGCGGUUUGAAAGUGAUUGAAACUUUAUGGGUUGACUUUGUAGAACGGGAGUCUCUGCUACAGAGCGGGAGUGUCCACUGUCGAGCGGGAGUCUUCACUGUAGAGCGGGAGUCUUCAAUGUAGAGUUGGAAUCUUUACUGUCGAGUGGGAGGCUUUGCUGUAGACUUAGAGUCUUCGCUGUUGACCAAGAAUCUACACUCUUGAGCGGGAGUCUACACUCUUAGGAGCGAGAGUCUACUCUCUAGAGCAAAGUCUACACUCUUGAGCGGGAGUCUACACUAUAGAGCGAGAGUCUUUACUCUAGAGCGGGAGUCUACACCCUAGAGCGAGAGUUUACACUCUAGAGCGGGAGUCUACACUCUAGAACAGGAAUCUACACCCUAGAGCGAGAGUUUACACUCAAGAGUGAGAGUUU